AUGGACGGGGUAGAUUCAGCGGCCCAGGGCACUGCCCAAGCUCAGGAUGGAGAGGAGCCGGCCGAGUCCCCAGAGCCGCCACCGCCGCCUCCCGCUCCGCCGCCGGCUCCUCCGCCGCCGGCUCCGCCGCCGCCAGCUCCUCCACCAGAACCAGAACCAGAACCAGAACCUGCUCUGGGACCCUGUCCAGAGCCGACUCCAGAACCAGACACAGAAACAGAUGCAAAGUCAACCCCAGAGCCGGCCCCAAAGCCGGACCCAGGACCAGACUCAGAGCCGGAAUCAAAGCCGGACCCAGAACUUGUCCCAGAGCCGGCCCAGGAGCCGGCCCCAGAAUUUGCCCCAGAGCCGGCCCAGGAGCCGGCCCCAGAAUUUGCCCCAGAGCCGGCCUCAGAGCCGGUCCCAGAACCUGACCCGGGUCCAACAUCAGCGUUGGUCCCCCAAACGACUAGAGAGCCUACCACAGAUCUUGACAUAGGGCUGGUCCUAGAGUCAGCCCCAGAACCUGCCAGGAAGAGGGCCCCAAAGUCGCGCCCUGAGCCAACUUCAGAGAGUCCAAGGAUGAGUUUAGCACUACAACUGUUGCAAUGUCAGAUAGACCCUGGAGAGAGUGGUCAAAAGUCAUCUCCAUUGCCAUCGCCCAGAACGCCACUAACUUGGUCCAAAGUAAAGAAGAUCGUGAAGGAAGGACAGCUGCUUAAGAACUGUAACUCCUUCAAGAGAUGGAAGCUAAGAUAUUGUAUGAUUCAAGGACAGAAGCUCCUCUUUGCACACCACCCUUCGUUUGCGCACUUUGAAACAAUUGAUCUGUCACAAGUUGUCUUGGCAGAAAGCAGCUGGAGAAAUCUUGACCACGGUUUCUGUAUUAUCACACCAGAUCGAAAAAUCUCCUUGGUUGCACCCAGUCGGAAAGACAUGGAAGACUGGAUUAACGUCAUAAAAACUGUCCAGCAGGGAGAGACCCAGAAGAUACCUGCAGCCGAAAACAAUCCUUACCUUAUCGGAAUGCACUACUGGUAUUCCAGCCAUAGUCCUCGGACACAGUUCUGCAAUGUUUGUCGCCGGAACAUUCCUGCCUUAUCUCGAGAUACCAUCAUCUGUGAAGUCUGCAAGGUGAAAUCACACAAAGUUUGUGCAUUGAGAGCGAGCAAAGACUGCAAGUGGAAUACUUUGUCCGUAACCGAUGACCUCUUUCUACCUGCUGAUGAAAUACAAACAAUGCCCCAUCAGUUGGUAGAAGGAAACAUACCUGCCGACUCUCGUUGUGCAGUAUGUCAUGAGAGCUUCGGUAGUCAUCAAAGGCUUCUGGAAUUUCGCUGCCUCUGGUGCGCGUCUACGGUGCACGGCGCCUGCCAGAGGUGGUUUUCCAAGGAAUGUUCCUUUGGAAGUCGUCGCACGUCGAUCGUACCACCUACGGCGCUGUGCGACCCUCGGGGCGAUGGCCAAUUAGUGGUAUCGCCUGACUUCUGGAGCCUCGAAUGGCCAUUGACUUGUUCCUGUCCCUUGCUCGUCUUCGUCAACUCCAAAAGUGGAGAUCACCAAGGAAUCGUCUUCCUCCGAAAAUUCAAGCAGUAUCUCAAUCCGUCUCAAGUAUUUGACCUGGCGAAGGGUGGACCUGAAGCAGGGAUCUGUAUGUUCAAGAACUUUAGUCGUUUUCGCGUUCUGGUUUGUGGUGGAGAUGGCAGCGUGAGCUGGGUCUUAUCCACGAUUGACGCCUUUGACGUGCAUGAUAGGUGUCAGCUGGCAGUCAUCCCGCUUGGAACUGGUAAUGACCUCGCUCGGGUCCUUGGCUGGGGAUCGUUCUGGAAUAAAAACAAGUCCGUACUGGAUAUUCUCAGCAGAAUAGAGCAGGCUAACGUGAGAAUUCUAGACAGAUGGAGCGUGAUGAUCCGUGAGAACCCCAGACAAUUCCCACUGCUAAAAGGACAGGUGAAAAUGGAUAUACCAAGAUUUGAGGCUGCUGCCAUCCGCCAUUUAGAGGAUGCAAACAAUGAGUUGAACAGAAUCCUGAAGUCCAGCUACGAUACUGAGGUUGUCAUCUCCUGUAGGUUCCUGUGCUCAACAGUGGAAGACUUUGUGACUGAUAUUGUAAAGGCCUGGGACCAAAUCAAACAGAACAAUACAGCAGUGGAGUCUGUGAUUUUGAAAAGUGACUUGAUGUAUGAUAAACUCAGCACCAUUAUUGAUAUCCUGACUGAGGAUGAGGAACUUGCCUCUAUGGAGCGACUAGCCUCAACAUACAGAUCCCAUGAGAAAACAGAUCCAGAGCCCUUCGUCCCUCAACUAGACCACUUCACAAAGUCCAAGCUGGAGGUGGUUGUCAAGGCUCACGACCUCCAGAAAUCCUUGAAGCUCAUCAUAUUCCAGGUGGAACAAGUUCUGGAUGAAGAAAGCAGACAGUCCUUAUCAGUGAAGAACUUCACAUCGAGUUUCUACCUGGGAGAAGAUGACUCAGAGGAGUUCAGUCAGAUGAGCCCACGACACCGUUCUUACUGUAGCAUCUUAUCAUCUGUGCUGUCUCUCCAAAGCGAAGACCUCAAAAAACUUGACUUAGAACACUUACAUUUUACACCUGAAACGAUACGCUUCAAAGAAAAGUGUGUCAUGAACAACUACUUUGGAAUUGGACUAGACGCAAAAAUUUCUCUGGAGUUCAAUACCAAAAGAGAGGAACACCCAGGAGAAUACAACAGCCGCAUUAAGAACAAAAUAUGGUAUGGUAUUCUGGGAAGCAAGGAACUGCUGCAGCGCUCUUACAGGAAGCUGGAAGAACGAAUACAGCUGGAGUGUGACGGAGAACCCAUCUCCUUGCCAAACCUUCAAGGCCUUGUAGUGCUCAAUAUUUCCAGCUAUGCUGGAGGUGUGAACUUCUGGGGAAGCACCAGAGCAACCACGGAAUAUGAGGCCCCUGCGAUGGACGAUGGGAAGCUAGAGGUGGUGGCAGUCUUUGGUUCUAUGCAGAUGGCCGUGUCUCGUCUCGUCAACAUGAAUCAUCAUCGAAUCACUCAGUGCCAUGAGGUGAUGAUAACUAUUAUUGGUGAAGAAGGUAUCCCUGUGCAGGUGGAUGGGGAAGCCUGGAUUCAGAAGCCAGGCAUUAUCAAGAUUAAAUACAAGAAUUCUGCCCAGAUGUUGAUGAGAGAUCGGGACUUUGAGAACUCAAUGAAAACGUGGGAAUGUAAGCAUUCUGAAAUCCAAUCUAUCCCACUACCCCACCUGGACUUCCAGGAAUCUCAAGAUAGCCUCUCUGAUAGCGAGUAUGCUCAGGUGCAGCACUUGGCUCGGCAUGCAGAAAACCUCAUUAGCAGACUUACUGACCUGAGCAAGGUCCACCAGCAUGUGUCUGUCCUCAUGGAUUCUGUGAAUGCCAGUGCUAAUAUCCUGAACGAUGUCUUCUAUAGCCAUGACAGUGCCAAUGAGGCGGGUGCAGCUUCCUGUAUUCCCAUUGAGACUCUAAGCAGAAACGAUGCAGUAGAUGUUGUAUUUGGUCUAAAAGGGCUCUACGAUGACACCAAAGCUUUCCUGGAUGAAAACUUGCUGAGAGAUGCUAUGGAUGAGGCCACCCUAAAAACUGUCCUGGAUGCCAUGAAUACGGAGCUGCAAAGGACAUUAACAAUUGACUGGUUGGGUCAAAUCCUUCUUUCAGAGGCGCACUCUUCUGACCGCAGAAGUCUAUAUCGCAGGUUGAAAGACAGAUUCCCUAGGUUGGGGAAGAAGAAACGAGAAGGGGGAGAAAAGUCGAAAUCAAAGCCAAGACUCCCUGGUUUUCUCAGUAAGUUCUGGCAUCGCAGAAAUCGUGGCAAUGAAGCAGAAAAUGAUGACUCUUCAACACCUUCAAGUUCUCAGCUAUAGUCCUUGAAAACUGGAAGAACUCUCAACAGAGAAUUUUACUAAAAACUCUCAAAACCUCAAGAAAGACUGAACUAUAUUAUAUCAGAACAAAAAUGAGCACCACCAAGAAAGACCCUCCAAAUCCUUAUACUAAUAUAUUUUCCCUGGACUUAAUCAGAUCUCCUUAGAGGGUUAUAUUUUUCUUGUUGGCCAAAGAUUCUUGUUCCGAGUUGUUUUGUUCAGUUCUCCUUCUCUUUGUGUACCUUGAGUAACCACAGUUUAUUAGGGAUAGAUUCUUUGUGAACAACCUGGGACCGAUAAGUAUUGUGGUAGUACACCUCUUUAGAAAGUGUUGGAAUGGGUUUCUUUCACUAGCAGAGAAACUCCUGACACCAAGGAAUGAAAUGAGUAACCAACUCUCAGAAAGAUGAAGGGGCGGGGCAUUCAGGCUUGGUUGUGUUUCUCCUCCAAUCCCUGCCAAAUGCAAAUGGAAAUUUCAAAAGAUGGCUCCUAGUUGGCUCAAGAAGAUGAGA